AUGAGCGGCAGCGGCAAGCUGAAGCCCGCCGCCCGCGUCUCGGGCCAGAAGCAGGAUGUGUGGUCCAUCAUCAACGAGGCGGCGGCGGCGACGCCCAAGCAGCCCAUUGUCAACAUGGGACAGGGCUUCUUUGGCUACAACCCGCCAGACUUCAUCCUCGAGGCGGCCAAGAAGGCGCUCGACCGCGUCGACUGCAACCAGUACUCGCCGACCAAGGGCCGCCCGCGCCUCAAGAGGGCCAUUGCCGAUGCUUACUCGCCCUUUUGCGGCCGCAAGAUUGACCCCGAGACCGAGGUCACCAUCACCACUGGCGCCAACGAGGGCAUGCUGAGUGCAUUCAUGGCCUUUGUCGAGCCUGGAGACGAGGUCAUCGUUUUCGAGCCCUUCUUUGACCAGUACAUUAGCAACAUUGAAAUGCCCGGCGGCACCAUCAAGUACGUGCCACUGCAUCCGCCCGAGACGGGCGCCACAAAGACAUCGUCGGCGGCAGACUGGACCAUUGAUUUCGAUGAGCUGGAACGAGCCAUGACGCCCCGUACCAAGAUGAUUGUCAUCAACACGCCACACAAUCCCGUGGGCAAGGUCUUCUCCAAGGAGGAGCUGGAAAAGAUUGGCGACCUGUGCGUCAAGAACGAGGUCAUAAUCCUGUCGGACGAGGUCUACGACCGCCUCUACUACGUGCCCUUUACCCGCAUGUCGACUCUGUCGCCUGAGAUUGAGCGGCUGACUCUCACGGUCGGGUCGGCGGGCAAGAACUUUUAUGCCACGGGCUGGCGCGUCGGCUGGCUCAUGGGCCCGGCGGACCUGAUCAAGUACGUAUCGGCCGCGCACACGCGUAUCUGCUUCUCGUCGGUGUCGCCGCUGCAGGAGGCGUGCGCCGUCGGGUUCGAGCAGGCCGAGGCCGAGGGGUUCUGGACGCAGACGGUGCGGGAGACCAAGGCCAAGAUGGACCGCUUCAACGAGGUGUGGGGGGAGCUGGGGCUGCCGUACUCGGAACCCGACGGCGGGUACUUUGUGUUGGUCAACAUGAAAAAGGUGAAGCUGCCGGCCGACUACCCGUUCCCAGCGCACGUGGCGAGCCGGCCGCGCGACUUCAAGCUGGCGUGGUUCCUGAUCCAGGAGAUGGGCGUGGCGGCGAUCCCGCCGACCGAGUUUUACACGGAGGGGAAUGCGCACCUGGCCGAGGAUUACAUCCGCUUCGCCGUCUGCAAGGAGGACGAGGUGCUCGAAGAGGCCAAGGAGCGGCUGCGGGGGUUGAAGAAAUACAUACAGUAG